AUGAAGAUUAAAAUCCCUAUGAACUAAUAGAAUAUCAUUUUAGAUGAUACUUACUAAAAUCUAAGCCAUAUAAGACUUACAAAAUUGUAAAGUAACAGUUGCUCUUCUUUAGUCUAAAGUAUUGAUGAAUAAUAUAAUGAAGGAAAAAAGAGAUGCUCUUUUAAGUAUUUAAAUCCUAGCUCAACUCACAAAAAUACGAUUAUAUGUGAAUUUAGUAAUAAAAUAUCCUCCCACUUAAAAGUAAAGCCUCAAAGUAAAAUUUGUCACUACAAGCUGCUUUUUCCGUAACUUUCUCGUAAAAGUAGUUAAGAGUAAUCAAUUAAGUAGUAAAAUGAUUAUAAUGAGUAUUUGAAUAGGAUAUCUAAUACCUAGUAUAAUAUUUCGACAAUUAACUUAAAAAUUGAGCAAAACAACCCAUUUCCCUCAAUUUAUAUGACUUAGAGCUAAUAAUCCGAUAUAAAGUCUUUGUCUAAUGAAAAACUUUAAAAAUAAGAGAAUAGAGCUUGUGAAAAAAAGAAAAAAAUCAGCAAGACUAAAGAGAAAAGAAAAAUUCUUUUAAACGAUUAGAAUGUAAAAGUUUUGAUCGAAGAGUACAAGUAAAUUAAAGAUUAGAAUUGUCUUAAAAAUAUUAAAGAAGCCUUCCUUAGGCAUAUAAAUUCUAAUCUAUCAGAAGACACUAAAAAUAUGUAUGUAAAUAAAAUGGGAGGAGGUGUAUAAUUUGGACAGAUAAAAAAGAAAAUCAACUUCAGUUUGAAAGAGAACUCUACUAAUAACAAGUGCAUUAAAUUUAUGUGCAAGAGUAACUAAGUAAAACCAGCAUUUCAUUACUUUCUAGAACAUAUAGAAGAGUUCUGGCUAAAUGAUUCUAAAGUUUAGAACAAAGAAACUUGUAAGAUUAUCGUAUAAUUCCUCAUAAAAAUCAUAAACAAUGUAUAGUGUGUAGAUUUUAUUGAACAUUACCAGACAAAAUGA